AUGACCCUGAUGUCAUUCUCCUUUGCCAUCAUCGCGGCGCUGGUCGUCGUGCAUGCAGAAGUCACUUACAUCAACCAUGACGAAGUCAAACCGUUCGCCCAGCCCACACCUACGACUGACUCGGAGAAGGCCGCUGUCAAAUACAAGCCGAAACUCUACGUCUCCUACGGCUGUCACCCGUAUCCCGCCGUGCAGGCCAAUGGAUUUGUAAGUGCUGGACUUAAAGGGAGUGGACCGAUAGAUGGCGAGUGCGAGGGCUCAUCUCUGGGCUCUCAAGUGUAUUCUCGUUCGAUGUGGUACGAGGACAAGUGGGCUAUCAUGUAUGCCUGGUACCUCCCAAAAGGACGAAGCUCCAAGUAUCAACGUCGUCAUUUCUGGGAAGCCGCUGUUGUCUGGAUCGAUGAUCCUGCUCUCGCCAAUUCGACGAUUCUCGGUGUGUCAUUGAAUUAUGGCCGACGCCAAAAAUCCGAAGUCCCUCUGGAGCUGCAAUUCCUUGAUGGUUCAAAUGUGAAGCUUGAAUCAUACAGGGGAUUUGGAAGACCAAGGCCGAGGCUGCAGUUCACGCAGCUCGAAGGGGAGACCCAGGACCUCAUCACGUGGGAACAGCUCACUGAUGAAGCACGCGAUGGCUUGAGCGAUGCCGAAUUCAACACCGGACUGUUUUUUAAGAGAACGAGGAGAGAGAUGCCACUAAAAGACGGUGUUUUCGAGAAGAGACUGAUAGAUGCUUAUCCGUUUGAAUAG